AUGAAGUUCGUGUCCGUGCUCGGCGGCGCCGAGCCCGCCUCCUUCUCUGAGGCGGUGCUCAAUGGCUGGGCGCCCGACGGCGUCGCCAGCGGCACGCGCGGGGACUCAUCCACGCGCUCACUCCGGAACGCCGACUCGUGGCACGAUAGGCGGCAUGUGCUCAAGCGCUUCAUCGCUGCCGACGACCCCGACGUCACUCCGCUCGACCUGGCCGGCAUUGUCUCGGCCGCGUUUUCCUCGUUUGGCGACGCGGAGGUGGUCUCGCUCCGGCCGCUCUCGGACGAGCUGCACGUGGCCGAACUGUGGCACGGCCCGACGCUCGCCUUCAAGGACCUCGGCAUGUCCGUCCUCGGGCGCACGCUCAGCCACCUGCUGCGGCGGCGGCGCCAGCGGCUCACGCUGCUGGUGGGCACCUCCGGCGACACCGGCUCGUCGGCGAUGGAGGCGGUGCGCGGCCUCGAGGGGAUCGAGAUCCUCGUGCUCUACCCGCUGCAGGGGUGCUCGUCCAUCUCGCCCGUGCAGGAGCUGCAGAUGACGUCUGUUGCCCGGGCAGCGAGCAACGUGCACCUGAUCGGCGUGGAGGGGAGCAGCGACGACCUCGACGUGGGCUCGUUGCCGCGGGUCGGGGUGAUCUCGGGUGGACACCUUGCCGCGGGCCUUCUCGCGCAGCAGAUGGGGCUUCCAAUCACGCUGCUCGCCGCCACGAACGCAAACGACGCGCUGCACCGGCUCCUCGCCACGGGCGAGCUGCGGGCGCACGGCACAGUCUCACAGACCGCGUCGCCCUCGAUGGACAUCCAGGCGCGAGAUCACCCGAGAUCACCCGAGAUCACCCGAGAUCACCCGAGAGUGCCGUACAACGUGUGGCGCCUGCUGUUUGUGGCGAGCGGCGGCGACGCCGCGGCGGUGCCGUGUGGUGAUGAAGCGAGCGAGAGGGCCAAAGAGAGCACGCAUGCUGCCGAGGCCGAGGCGAUCAAGCACGGGGUCAAGCACAGGGGCAACCGGCUUGUCAAGGUCGAGCUGGCCUCGCUCAACCGCACGCAGAAUGCCCGCACCAGUCAUCAUCUUGGCGCAAGAGCCCCAAACGAACUUGGCGUCGUCAUCACCGUCGGAUGA